GUUGCUUUCCUUUGUUCAUUAUCUCCUGCAAGAUGAUGAGUUCUAAUCAGGAGGAGGUCACUUUGGGCGCUUUUCUCCAGUAUAUUGAAGAUAUGGGGAUGAAGGCCUAUGAUGGCUUGGUUAUUCAGAAUGCAUCAGACAUUGCUCGAGAGAAUGAUCGCAUGAGGAAUGAAACAAACCUGGCUUACUUGAAAGAAAAGAGUGAAAAACGCCGAAAACAAGAGGAAGCAAUAAAACGAAUAGGUGGAGAAGUAGUGAGAGGAAAUGAAGGAAGCUAUGUGGGCAAACAUUUCCGCAUGGGAUUUAUGACAAUGCCUGCUCCUCAGGACAGACUGCCACAUCCUUGCUCCAGUGGCUUUACCGUGAGAUCCCAGUCCCUUCAUUCUGUUGGAGGAACCGAUGACGAAAGUAGCAGCUCUCGUAAGCAGCCACCUCCAAAACCUAAGCGAGACCCCAACACCAAACUGAGCACCUCAUCUGAAACAGUCAACACUGGAACAACAAGUAAAAGUGGGAAACUACCAGACAGGACUGAAGUGUCAGCCAAACCAAGACCUCACAGUGAUGAAUACACCAAGAAGAUUCCACCUCCUAAGCCGAAACGAAAUCCAAACACUCAGCUAAGCACAUCUUUUGAUGAAACAUAUAUCAAAAAGCAUGGCCCUAUGAAGACAACACUCACUAGAGAUGCCUCACUAUCGCAGGUCAGCAGUCCUGCCCCAGACACAGAGGAAGAAGAGCCUGUUUAUAUUGAAAUGGUUGGGAAUAUUCUCAGAGACUUCAAAAAAGAUGAGGAUGACCAAAGUGAAGCAGUCUAUGAGGAGAUGAAAUACCCUAUAUUUGAUGAUGUAGGCCAAGAUUCAAAAUGUCAAUGUGAAUAUGACCAUCACACUUGUUCUUCUCAGUGUGCUACUCCCACAGUGCCUGACCUAGAUUUCACCAAGUCUUCAGUGCCAUCUACUCCCAAGGGCUUGCUUUGUGAUAUACCCCCACCAUUUCCAAAUCUGCUUUCUCACAGACCUCCACUCCUGGUGUUCCCACCAGCACCAGUGCAGUGUUCUCCAAAUUCUGAUGAGUCUCCUCUAACUCCACUAGAGGUCACAAAGCUUCCCGUUUUAGAAAAUGUGUCUUACAUCAAGCAACAGGCUGGAGCAUCUCCAUCUUCACUGCCACCUCAUACACCAGGCCAUCAAAAACUGGAAAAAGACCAGACAGUAUCUCAUGGAACUAGCACCCCUGGACACACGUCCUCCCCUCCUCAUCCUUCUACCUUAUACAGAACACAAUCUCCACAUGGUUAUCCUAAAAGUCACUCUGCCUCACCUUCUCCUGUCAGUAUGGGUAGGUCUCUUACCCCCUUAAGCCUCAAAAGACCUCCACCUUAUGACUCUGUACAUUCAGGAAGUCUCUCAAGAAGCUCUCCAUCAGUGCCUCAUUCUACAGCCAGAAACACAUUACAAGAAGGAGGAAAGAUGGUAAAUGCCUCGGUCAGUACCUAUGGCUCAUCAUCUCAGAGUGGUUCCCGUUCUCGGACACCCACCAGUCCUCUGGAGGAACUAACGAGUCUCUUUACCUCAGGACGAAGUCUCCUGAGGAAGUCCUCCAGUGGCAGAAGAUCUAAGGAACCUGCAGAAAAACCACUAGAUGAGUUGAAGAUCAGAAGUCACAGCACUGAGCCACUACCAAAGCUGGAAAACAAAGAGAGGGGAGGCCAUCAUGGGACAGCUUCCUCUAGAGAGCCAGGAAAAGCUCAGGAAUGGGAUGGAACACCAGGCCCACCUGUGGUGUCCAGCAGGCUGGGGAGAUCCUCUGUCAGUCCAACGAUGUUGGCUGGAAGCAACAGCUCAGAGCCUAAAGCAAGUUGCAGAUUAGGUCGGUCUGCAUCCACAUCAGGUGUGCCUCCUCCGUCUGUCACUCCGCUCAGGCAAGCCAGUGAUCUUCAGCCAAGCCAGAAAGAAAAUGGGAGAAGAAAAACUCCAGAGAUCUCACAAAGUUCCAGAAUCUGCUGGAAAGAAGACGACUUGUUGGUUGUGAGAAAUCUGUUGAGAGAACAGGCUCAUUAUUCAGAAGGUGUUUAUGCUUUGUCUUCCUUGUUAUGUGGCAAGAGAAGAAUUUCUUGUAACCAUGUGUGAAAUAGUUAGCUCAGCCUUUUCCCCUGACUGCAGCAAGUCUCUGGUGACAAAAUGGAAGCUGGCCUUCAGUCAGUCUUGAUACUCCUUCUCUGCACUGCUUUCUCUCUUCCUGGAGCAAUGACUUUCAAACCCUGCCAAAGCACCCACUUUGCAGUCCAGCCCCACGGGCAGGCAUGGGUGCCGCAGUGCCAGGCCCCUUGGGGGAAGGCAAACAUCAGUGUAAACAGUUACAUGUUCAAGAGUGUUUGUUCGUGUUGUGUCCUUUUCAUAUCGAUGCACGAGAGGAAUAAUGAUCAGGGAACCAAAACAUUGUUGUCCUAAUCAGACUUGCCUGUACACUUAGCCCACCACAAAGCCACUCCUUGUUUUGCUUUUAUUGCUCAACACUAUUUAUGUUGUCCUUUCUAAGUAACUGCCCAUGUGCUUCCAGACCUCCAUUGUAUCCCAUGGAAACAAUGGCUUUUUGUUUUAAAGUGUGACAGUACAUGAAAAAGCAAAAUAUAACUUAGCACUUACCUUCAAAGCACUUUAGAAACGUGAACUAAACCUCACGCUUGCAAGAAUAGUUUAACAGAGGAGGGAAGCGAGGCUCAGGUGGAGUAGCUUCCCCAGGCCACGGACAGAGCCAGAGGAGGACAGAAACCACCAUCCUGUCCUGUGCCUGCUGGCCCACCCCAUUGUUCGAGUACAAGAUGCAUCGUACUGCCGAGAGCGUGCCAUCAAAACGCUGUUAAAUGUUUUCUACAUCACCUCUUGUCUCAGCAGUUUCUUGUCACAGGGUGAAUGACAGUGCUUAGUUACACACGGUCAUUAAAGCUGUAGUCUGUAUAAAUAUGCAAUCGGUAUGUACAUACAGAUCACAUAUAUACACACACUUACGGAGACUGUAUAUAUGAAAUUGUUUGGUAUGCACUUAUUUUGCUUUAAACUCCUGAAGUUAAACAUUAUAGUGUAGCAAUUUGUGUAAAGUGCACUGUGAUUUCAAGAAAGCACAGUAAAGUCACAGGUCUUGUUAUUCUUGCACUAAAAAUGUGUUUACGUAUAUUAGCCAAUGUAUGUCUACUUUAUUGCUCCUCUUGGCAAAUUAAAGCAAAUGGUAUAAAAUGGUAUGAGGUUUUUUUUUGUUUGGGUCAUUUAUUUUUAAGUGGACAACGGCACUAUGUUUUUCAAUGACAGGGUUUUUAAAUAAAAUGAAAUAAUUCUGUGUUCAUUCCAAUGUAAUACAUUUACCAAUAUCUUGAAACUGAAUGUCAUGUUGCUUUUUUCAUAUUUCAUUAGGAAUUGUCAGGUAUGUGCCUGAGAUUGUGUAGGAGUAAGGAGUAGCUAGAGGCUAACUGUAAUCAUAUAUUAUUAGCCGUUUCUAUAUACACAGUAUAAAUACAUAUUAAUUUUCUUUUCAUUUUUGUACUUGAUUUUUUUAGGUAAGAUGUAAUUAAAUGUACUUUGAUACUUCUGAAGUAAUAAGAUGUUGUUUGAAGAUCAAUUCUGCUUUCUUUAGUGCAUUGACAAUAUUUUACAAUAAUUUAGUGCUUAUUUAUUUGUGCUCCGGUGUAAUUACAAUAAAAAGCAAUAGUUUAAAA